CAAUUCACAGCAUCAUGCCAUCAUCUACAUCUCAACUCACACACUUCACUUAGCCAAACAAUGCCUUACCCUCACUCCUCACCUCUACUCCUCCACUUCUUCUCACUCCUCUUCACUCUACCCCUCACCCUCCACUCCCACCCCUCCUUCGAAACCCACCUCCGCCACACCCCCACCACAACCACCCCCUUCUUCGAGCCCACGCGCCCCCUCCCCUUCCACGCGCCGCCCUCUUGCACCCACCUAGCCCUCAGCCACAACUUCUCCAACACAAUCAAUAAACCCCCUAUCUCAGUCCCUUACUCCCCUCCCCCCAAUUGCACUAACUGGUCCCACAUUGUCCUAGAUUUUCGCGUCGCUUCGAAAGGCGAUCAGUAUGAUCGCAUUGCGGCGGUUUGGCUCGGCGGCGUGGAGAUUCUGCGGACCAGCACGGCGGAGCCGAAUGAAGAGGGGAUUUUCUGGAAUGUUCGAAAGGAUGUUAGUAGGUACAUCUCGGCUUUUAUGGUUGCGAAUGCUACAUUAACUGUGAUGCUUGAGAAUAUUGUCAAUGAUGUUUAUACUGGCGUUUAUAAUGUGAAUGUUAGUUUUUUGUAUUAUAAUGUCGAUCAUAGGGUGCGGUUAGGGGAUAAUGUCAGGAUUAAUCGGAAAUUAGGGGUUUUAGGGGGAGGGGGUAUUGUGGGGAUUGGGAAAGGGAAGAGGAGUUAUAAUGUGUAUGAGAAGGCGGCGGAUUUGAUAAUUCCGAUAUCGGGGGGUGUGGAGAAGGGGUAUUGGUUUAGGAUUGAGAGUGAGAGUGAUGUGCAUUAUAAGGAGGUUGUGGUGCCUUUGAAUUGUUAUAGAGCGGUGGUUGAGGUUUAUGUGUCGUUUCAUGGUGAUGAUGAGUUUUGGUACUCGAAUCCGCCUGAUGAGUAUAUUGAGAAGAAUGGUUUGGUGACGGGGCGUGGUCAUGGAGCGUAUAGGGAGGUUUUUGUCAGUAUUGAUGGGAGAUUUGUGGGAUCGGUUGUUCCUUUUCCUGUGAUAUUUACGGGUGGGAUUAAUCCAUUGUUCUGGGAACCGAUUGUUGGGAUUGGAGCGUUUGAUCUUCCUUCUUAUGAUAUUGAUUUGUCACCCUUUUUGGGAAUGCUUUUGGAUGGUAAGCCUCAUAGUAUCGGGCUUGGAGUGGGUGAUAGUAUUUCAUAUUGGCUUGUAGAUGCAAAUUUGCACUUGUGGAUAGAUCAUGGUGUGGAUGAGGUUCAAGCUAAAGUUCUAGAUUACAGGUAUCCGACUCUUAAGAUUGAAAGGAAGUCUGAGUUUAAUUUACUUGAUGGAAAAUUUAAGGUAGAAGCUAAGAGGAAAAGUCAAUUUGUUGGGUGGGUGAAUUCAACCCUAGGGAAUAUAACGACCAGUGUUUCUCAAGAGUUCAAGUUCAAAAACUCGAUAAAAUUUACGAACAAUGGUAGUGAUAAAGUGGUUGAACAGAAAAUUAAGACAACUGCUGAAGUAGAAAUAAAAUCUGACCAGGAUGUGUUGAUUAGCCAUGCAACUGUGAAGAGGGAAUAUCCUCUGGAUAUUGAAAUUACAAACAUGACAGGUUCAGGGAAUGAUACGUAUAUAAUGGUUACAAGUGUUGUCCAUGAGUUGAAUGAGAAAAGUGGAUUGAAAGAGAAGAAUUUUAAUGUUUUUGGAGGCUUCUCUAGCCAUCUACAAAACAAACAGAAUUCCAGUGGGUGGAUGGAGGUUAAGGAUCACUCUGUUCUUUCUGGAGAAGCGGCAACUGAUCAAUUUUAUACUUACAAAGACGAGUUUGGCUGCUACUCUCGGAUCUCUAAGGCUGCGGAUGGAAGGUUGGUGUCGGAUAAUUCUAGCUUCUCUUGUGCAUCUUCAUACUAGUUUGCUUAUUUCUGGUAUCUUUUACCACUACAAAAUAAUGGUCCUGGGUCUUUUCUCCGAUUGUUUUGGUGAAUAAAUGAAUUCUUUAGGCCACAGUGUGCUGGUUCUGUAGUAUGUGGAAUGUUUGUUCUAUUGGUCUGAGUGCUGUUAAAGAUUGUACUCUUGUAUGUAUGUAUAGUUAUCAUCAAUUGCAACUGAAAUUUGGCAA